UCAAAGGGAGGGAAUCCAGGCAUACUCGUGACGGUGCCGUACCAGAAACCAUUCACAAAGGCUCUUGGCAAAGAUGGCGUACUGGUCAUUCAUGAAGGGACGGUCGUGCAUCGACACGCAAUGGUUCAAGCCGACUUGUUCAAACUUAGCUUUGAGAAGGCAGAUUCAAGAGUAGACACGAUGCUACUGAAACACAAAGAUCAGCAAUCCUUGGAGAACAAAGAAAUACUUCGUCAAAUUAUACUAGCUGUAGAAUUUCUGGCAAAACAAGGCUUGCCUCUUCGUGGUCAUAGAGAUGACAAGGUUGAUUUUGCAACUGAAGGAUCUAACAGGGGCAACUUCAUUGCUGUACUACAGCUCUUGGCCAAAGGAAACAGCACUCUUCAAAAGCACCUUCUCUUUGCAAAACGAAAUCAGAAGUACACAAGUAAAACCAUACAAAAUGAAAUUGUUCACGUUUAUGCCAAUAAGACCAGAGAGCGACUAACUGCACAUCUGAGAGAAGAGCAGUUACCAUUUGCAAUCAUUGCUGACGAAGCUACAGACCCUCAUGCAAACCAAGAGGUCCUUUCACUGUGUUUGAGGUUUGUUGAUUUACACUCAGCUUGUAGUCCAGUCAUCAAGGAGUGCCUGAUUGAUUUCAUCUAUCUGGAAAGAGCAAAUGCCUUGACAAUAUCCGAGGAAAUAUUGAAGUCUCUGUCCAAACCACCAGUCUCUUUAGAUCCCAACAAUAUCAGGGGGCAGGCAUAUGACGGCGCUGCGGUUAUGUCGUCUAACAUAGCCGGGGUUCAAGCCAGAAUCAAGGAAACGGCGCCAUUGGCCAUUUUCACCCACUGCUAUUCUCAUUGCCUCAAUCUUUCUGUUGCGGCAACAAGCAAAGUCCAAGAAGUUAGAAAUCUCAUUGGUACAAUCAAUGAAGCGUACUUGUUUUUGUCUAACAGCCCAAAGAGACAGCAAAUGUUCCAGCUAACGUUAGAGACGUAUCUGCCUCAGUCUUCUCGCACUAAGCUUCCAGGGCUCUGCAAGACACGCUGGGUAGAACGCCAUACAUGCUUUGAAGUUUUUCUUGAACUGUACGAAGCCCUAGUGACCUUCCUUGACGCUAUUGUGUCUCCACACGAGUACCCUGAUCUCAUGUCGGCUGACAAGGAAUGGAAAUGGGACAGAGAGACAGUGUCGAAAGCUCAGGGGCUAAAAGCAGCCCUCUCGUCAUUUCAGACAAUAUCUGUUUUCAUAACGACUAAAAACGUCCUUGAUUCAGUUAAGGAACUGGCAGGAAAAUUGCAAGAGCGGAACCAGGAUAUACUUGACGCCUACGCAAUGGUUGAUGAAUCGAUUGAAGAGAUCAAAAGUGUGAGAAAAGAUAUCGAUGCAACAUUUGUUUCCUGGUAUAGAGAUAUAACUGAGCUUGCAGCGAACAUCGGCGUAGCGGAAUCAAUUCCUAGGAAAACCAGCCUGCAGAGGAACAGAAGUAACACACCUAGUCAAAGUCCGAUGGAGUUUUAUAAGCGGUCACUUGCAAUUCCACUACUGGAUUCUCUGACAGCGCAAAUGGAAGACCGUUUCCUACGUGAUGGAAGGCAUGUUGGUGCGUUGCUGAAUCUUGUACCAUCAAUAUUUCUAACUUCGAGAGUAGAGUUGGGCACACUCAGAGAAGGCGUUAUGUUUUGGGAAAAAGACCUACCUUUCCCUAAGUCUCUAGAGAAUGAACUCAGGAGAUGGGAAACCCUGUGGAAGAGAAGAAAAGACCGAGAAUCCGUGCAAGAAGAAAUGGUCAGGCAACGUGAGGCAAGAAUUCCUGACAAUCUGCUGCUGUCACUUGGAAAUUGCGAUGUACAUUCGUUUCCGAACAUUCACCGCCUACUUCUGAUUGCCUGCACUCUCCCAAUAACGAGUGCAGAAGCGGAGCGAUCCUUUUCCCUCAUGAGGCGGAUCAAGACUUAUGCAAGAUCGGCGAUGUGCGAAGAGCGUUUCACAGACCUUGGAGUUCUUGCCAUGCAUUACAGUGACCGUAUCCCUGCCGAGGAGAUCGCAAAAGCGUUUGUGCAAGAACAUCCAAGGAGGAUGUUUCAAGCGUCGUUAUUUAGCGAAACAUGAACAGCAUUAAAAACCUAGCGAGCGUUUUCAUAGAGAGAGAGGUGAUUAGGAAACUCUUAAAGGUGAUUAAUUGAGCUGAUUACUGGCAAGACUUGGUCUCUGUGUACGUAACUAGUUAGAGUUGAGAGACCCUAUGAGCGACAACGUGCAUGGAAGCGACGAGAAAUUGAAUGGAAUGACGAAGUCACAUGUCAGUACAACAUGGGGCAUGGGGCGUGGCAAGUUGUAACUUUCAACCCCCCCUUUCUAAAAAUCCUAGA